AUGGGGACAGCUAUGACGGUGGUUUCGGGGAGUGGUGCGAGUGAUAGGGAGGAAGAGAGGAUGAGUGGGGAAAUGGAGGAGAGUGGGGUAGUGGAGGAGAGUUGGAGUAGUGGAGGAGAGUGGAGUAGUGGAGAGUGGGCAUCGUAUCCCCUCUUGCAGCAGGUGACGAUGGCCUCUGAACACGUGGCGGAUCCUGAUUGGUCGGAGGAGCUGGCAGAGGAGCAGCAGGUGGUGCAGGUGCGGGAAGAAGAGGGUCAGGUGGAUGAUCAGGUGAAUGCUCAGGUAGUUGAGCAAACAGGUGAGCAGCAGCAGCAACAGGAUGAAGGGAAGGUAGCAGCAGCAGCAGCAGCAGCAGGCAGAGCGAUGGCUGCGAAUGUGGCGUGGGUGGGCAAUGAUGGGAUGGGUACUUCAGCAGCAGGCGACGAUGGGGCAAUGAGGCAGAUUGGCGAGGAUGCGUAUGUUUAUGACAUGGGUGAUGGCGUGGGAGCAUGUGAGGAGCUGGAUUGGAGCAGAGAUGUGGGUGAUGGGGGGUGGGAGUACAGGGGUGGUCAAGUGAGUGGACUAGGGAGAGUGAGGUGUGGGAUUGUGGGUGGAACGAGGGAUGGGGGCGAGGUGCUGGGGGCGAGUGGUGUGAGAGCAGGCGGUCCUUUUGCCAGUGUUGCUGCCAGUGUUGCUGUCAAGUUGGACGGGCGGAGUGAGGAGGGGAGAGAGGAGAUAAGGGAGGAGAAAGAGGUGAUGGUGGAGGAGAGAGAGGAGAUAGUGGAUGAGAGGGAGGAGAUAGGAGCAAAGGACAAGGAGGAGGAGGAUGUGGAGAGGGAGGCGGAGGUAGAGAGGGAGGAGGAGGAGGUUGAGAGCGAGGAGGUAGAGAGGGAGGACGAGGAGGUGGAGAGAGAGGAGGAGGUUGAGAGCGAGGAGGAGGACGUGGUGGAGCAAGAGAGAGAUGAGGAGAGGGAGGAGGAGGAGGAGGAUAGAGAGCGAGGAGGGAGGAGGAAGGGGGAGAGGGAGAGGAGGGAGGGGGAUGGACGAGUGGAGUGA